AUGGCGGGCUCCGGGAACGAGGCCCGCUUUGCGGGGUUGUCGCUGGUGCAGCUCAACGAGCUGCUGGAGGACGAGGGGCAGUUGGCAGAGAUGGUACAGAAGAUGGAAGAGACACAGAACGUGCAGCUCAACAAAGAAAUGACGCUCACCAGCAAUCGGAACCUGGCUGAAGGGAACCUACUAUACCAGCCACAACUGGAUGCUCUGAAAGCCAGUCUGUCCCAGAAAUACCAGGAACUCCAGGUGCUCUUUGAAGCCUAUCAGAUAAAGAAGACCAAACUAGAUCGACAGUCAAACAGCGCUUCCUUAGAGACCCUGCUGGCGCUCCUUCAAGCUGAAGGGGCCAAGAUCGAGGAAGACACAGAGAACAUGGCAGAGAAGUUUCUGGAUGGUGAGCUCCCUCUAGACUCCUUCAUUGAUGUCUAUCAGAGUAAACGGAAGCUGGCUCACAUGCGAAGAGUUAAAAUCGACAAGCUCCAGGAGAUGGCACUAAAGGGGCAGAGACUCCCUCAGGCCCUGGCCUUACUGCCGGCCCGGCUGCCUGAGCCCCUUCCCGCUGCCCCUCUACCCUACCCCACCCCUGAAGCCAGUGGGCCGCCUGCUGUUGCACCCCGGCGAGUGCCCCCUCCACCGCCGCCUGUGUUGGCAGGACGCUCUGCCACCCCGUUCACAGCUGCCUUGGGCUCAGGACAGGCCUUUCCAUAUCCAGGAAUGCAGUGUCCCCCACUGCCCCCGAGAGUGGGCCUCCCAUCAGCCAACCUCCCCCCACAGCAGGGCUUUUCUGCACAACUUGUGACGCCAUAUCCCCCUGCCCUCCCUCAGCGGCCCCCACCCCGGCUGCCCCCACACCAACCGGGCUUCAUCCUGCAGUGA